CAGUGAAUUCCUCAGUUUGUUUUAAAGGCAAAAGGGGAGUGAGAGAGAUUGAUAAAAGGCCUUCGCAAAAGCGAGGGAGGGUGAUGAUAUCUGAGAGUUGUCGGAUCAUUCUACCACCCCAUCCAGUCAGUGUCACUGCAGCAUUGUUCCAUAUUUAGCUGCCGACAACUGCCUCUAGGACUGGAACUCCCAACUCCCUUUUUUCUCUCUCUCUGCCAUCUCUGAUCCCUGCACUGGUCUCAAAAAAUUGCUCCCUCUCUUUCCUCGCGGUCUGAACCCGGUGCACCAGCACCCGAGAGGAUGGCUGAAAACCAGGAAGAGCCCAGCGACACUCAGACUGGUGAGGAGCAGCCUGAAAAUGCAGAGGAGUCUGAGGAGAAGAAGAAGAAGGAGCUGGAGAAACUGCCGCCCUUUGAAAUCGUGGGAGGGGAGCGCUUCCCAGCCUUCUUUUUCAAAUUCCAGUUCAGGAACGUGGAAUACAGCUCAGGCAGGAACAAGACUUUCCUAUGUUAUGUCGUGGAGACCCAAGGCAAAGAGUCGGGGAGCUUUCGGGGUUAUCUGGAGGAUGAGCAUGCAGCAGCCCAUGCUGAGGAUGCUUUCUUCAAUAACAUCUUGCCCACAUGCGAUCCCAACCUGCGCUACAAUGUCACCUGGUAUGUCUCCUCCAGCCCGUGUGUGCCCUGUGCUGACCGGAUAGCGCAGAUACUGCAGAAGAACAAGAACCUGCGCCUCUCCAUCCUGGUAAGCCGCCUCUUCAUGUGGGAGGAGCCGGAGAUGCAGGCGGCGCUGAAGAAACUGAAGACAUCUGGAUGCAAACUGAAGAUUAUGAAGCCUCAAGACUUUGAGUAUAUCUGGCAGAACUUUGCAGAGCAGGAAGAAGGAGAGGCAAAGGCCUUCGAGCCCUGGGAGGACAUUCAAGAGAACUUCCUGUAUUACGAAGAGAAAUUAUCAGAGGUUUUGCACUGAGGCCCAUGCCAGUGAGGAUUUCAGUUUGCUCAUUUAGCUUCUUGCUUUAAUGGUGGACACUCAUCUCUGUUGUUUCUCAUCUGUGACUACAACUCUGCCUAGGUCUGACAGUACAUGAUCAUAGUGAACUUCGCCUUAGUAGUACCUUACCCACUGCAGCUAGCAAUCCAUUAGUGUGAUCUCCCCCACAAUAGGGCAUGUAGAGGCAUACUGAGCUCUCUUCCUCGCAGGGACUGGUCAGUACCUCUAGGAAUUUCACCCCUCCGCCCCAAAUCACUUUUCAUUAGGAAACAAAGGGCAGGGUCAUUAGAUAGAAAAGAAUGGAACAUUCUUGCUCUAAGUGGGUGAUGUUUGCACAUCUAAUGGAACUGGAAAGAGGAGGCGGUAGUGGUUCUAGUCCCCUAGAAAUAUAUCAAAGGAGGUAUAUUAUAGUAUAUCAUCCAUCCCUUCUGCCAUACACAAAGAUUGAGGAGUCCAUAACUAAUUUUGAGCAACAAAGCUCUGAAACAUCGGAAGCUGGUAACAUGUCUCUCUCAUUUCUCCAGGGCCAGCUUGUAAGAGAUCUGUCACCCAGAGGAGAGAGAGGCAUGACAGACUUGGACAUCUGGGACAUGCCUUCAGCUUUUCAGAGCUGCUUUGAGUCAGGCAGGAUGCAACAAAAACCUUUAGCAGACAUAGCCCUGAUGGACUCAGACUACAUUUACCAUGUAGCAUUUAGACAUUUUGUUUUUUAAUUUUUAAAAUAAACAUGCACUGUCUUUGUUAGCAGGACAGGAGAAGGCUGUGUGCUGUGCUUAACGACAUGAAUGCAGUAGACUUCAGAGGACUGGCAGGAAAGAGAGCAGGCCCCACAUAUUGGGGCAGUUUUAGCAUUAAAAAAAACCCACCUUAGAUCAAGGCUGCAAAUUUGAUAAAUGUAUUGAGCAAGUGUAUGUCUUAUAAAUGCUAAGGACCUUUUUCAGACAAAAACACAUAGGUAUAUAGAAAACAAAAUUAUUCAUUUUCCACCGUGUAUAGAUAAUCCAAAACUCAAUGUGGGGACUGGGGCUAACAGUUCUAGACAGUUACAGGCAAUAUACUGGAGCCUUCUGGGGACAUUCUGAAUGCCUCGAGUAUUUAUCUGCUCCCUUUGGCCUAUGAGACGCUCAUGCUAUAAAACUGGGAGGGGCAAAGGAGUUAAAUAAAUUGGCAGCCACUGCAGAAACUCACAGCAGCUGUGAUUCCACCCCCAUCCCCUUCUCCACACAGGGUCUACUACAUUUAAUCUGAUGGGGAAGAACCAUGGCCUUACAACCCAUCAGUGAAAUGUUUCACACUUGAGAAAGAGUGCAAUAGGAAGGGGGAAUUCCCAAGUACAAAGAAAUUUCAAGUGCCAGCAUGAGCGUGAGGGGAACAAAGAGAAAAAUCUGGGCAUGUGACGUCCCAGAUAAAGCCUACACAGAAUGGGUGGAAAGCUCAUAGGGAAGCUGGUCAGCCAAGAUCCUGAAUCAGAUGGGAUUCACACUUCCAGUUAAAUUUCUGACUCACCGUGCUUUCUGUAUCAGCAGCACAAAGCAAUAUCAGCAGACCACAGGAAGGUAAGAGAGGCAGAAG